UAGCUUUUUAUAAAAAUGGUGUAAGGUGAAGGCCGCAAAGCGAGGACGAAUUGUUAGUUGCGUAAUUUGUAAUUUGACAGACAGAAAAACGAGAGACCAGUGUUGUCAUUAGAAUACAGAUACGAAAAUGAGUGGAGCUGCGACAGCCUCGUUGUUUAGGAAGCAGCUAAAAGAGAUGGUAUUGAUAUGUGGAUCAGGAGCUGCUGUGUUUUUUGGCUUCUCACUCUAUGAAGGGAAUGAAAAAUUUUACCGCCAGGUUAUGAUGCCCAGCAUCCGCUUCCUUGAUCCAGAAACAACACACAACUUGGCCUUGUUUAUGGCUAAAAAUAAGUUGGUACCAGUGCCUAAAAAACCAGAUCCUCCCUCUCUGCGUACCAAAGUUUGGGACACUGAGUUUCCUAAUCCAGUUGGAGUGGCUGCAGGGUUUGACAAGGAUGGUGUGGCGGUUGAUGGCAUGUUGGCUACAGGGUUUGGAUUUGUAGAAGUUGGAAGUGUGACUCCUGAACCACAGCCAGGAAACCCCAAGCCACGUUUGUUCCGACUGUGGGAUGAUAAAGCUGUAAUAAAUAGGUUUGGCUUUAACAGUGAAGGACAUGAUGUGGUCAGGGAAAGGUUGAAACAAAGGAAUUCUAUUCAACAUUUUAAUGAUGAAGGAUACACUCCAUAUAUUUCUGAAGAGAGAAAUAUGUUAAAUAUAAAUUUGUGGACGGACACAUCGUGUUCUGAAAUACCAACAAUUAUAGUCGAACAAAGUAAAAAGGAAGGAAUAAUUGGUGUAAACUUGGGUAAAAAUAAAACAUCUGACAGCCCAGUUGAAGACUAUGUGAAGGGUGUAGAGAAAUUUGGUCCACUAGCUGACUAUCUUGUUAUUAAUGUAUCCAGUCCAAACACUCCCGGUCUGCGGAGCAUGCAGGGUAAACAACAACUGGAGAAACUUGUAGCAAAAGUAUCUGAAGAAAGAAAAAAUAUAGAAUCUGAAAGAAAGCCCCCAUUAUUAGUGAAAAUAGCGCCAGAUUUAACUGAACAGGACAAGAAAGAUAUAACAGAUGUUGUUUUAAAAGUACCAGGAAGAGUAGAUGGUUUAAUUGUAACAAACACAACAGUAACACGACCUGAAAGUUUAAAAAGUAAAUAUAAAGAUGAGACUGGAGGUCUAAGUGGGGAACCAUUAAAAGAUCUGUCAACACAGACUGUAAAAGACAUGUAUAGAUUAACCAAAGGUAAAUUACCAAUUAUCGGGGUAGGAGGUGUGGCCUGUGGUCAGGAUGCUUAUGAUAAGAUCCGAGCAGGAGCAUCAUUAGUUCAGUUAUAUACAGCUUUAGUGUACCAAGGACCUCCUGUUGUCAAACGUAUAAAGAGGGAACUAGAAGAGCUGUUACAGAAAGAUGGAUUUUCAAAUGUGUCGGAAGCUGUAGGGGCAGAUGUAAACCUGGACAGAUGAUAGUGAUGUAACAGAGUGUAACAGAGUGUAACAGAGAUAAUGUUUGUUAAAUACAUGACAUUGUGUAUGGACUAUUGGGUGCUCUCUCUGUAUGGUACAAGACGACUGUGUCAGUUGUUGAUCAGACUAGUCAAACAGUGCUGGUUUUAGUUCACUGAGUGUAGGAUCUCUUUGUCAAACAAGUAAUAGGUGCAUGAAAAUAAAAAAUACGAGUUUGCCUUAAAGGUUUAUAUGUGCUGCUGUUCAAGCUGUUGGAACAUUUUAAGAUGUAUUAGACAAACACGCUUCUUUUAAUAGAUACCGUUAUUCUUACGUAUUAAAAAUAAUUGUAAAGUAAUUAUAAUUGUGACUCCAGAAGAUAUAAAAAAAAAAAUUUAAGAUCCUUUAGAAGGAAUGGCAUUUUUAUUCCUCUCUUAGUUUAAUAAACAAGUAAAAUAUUGUU